AUGGAGCCAUCACAGGAUACUGAAGUACCCAACGACAUAGAGGUAUCGAAUGAAGUGGGUCUUAUAGAUACCGAUGUGCCAGUAGUCAGUGACUUUCACGAAAAUCUUGAGCCCCCGAAAGAAGAACUCGCACCGGAGGACGUUCCACCAGUUGAUGCUAGCGGCCAGUCAAUAGAAGGUGGAACACAGGACCACAGGGCCCAUACCGACAAUAUUGAACAGGAAGAGUAUACUGUUUUCAGCGGAGAUGUUUUACCUAGCCAGGAUAUUGUGCCAUCCUUAUUGGAUGUUUCAAGAAGUUUCGUGCCUCCCAACAGAGAUGAGCAGCAAAUCGCUGUUCCUCGGGGAGAUUUGAGCGAGUUAGAUGGCAAAGCCGGUGUCUAUGUAUACAGACCUGGAACCUCGACUCUAGUCUUCCGGUCUCAGAAAAAGCGGAAUGAAAUUUUGGCCGAUAGCCAAGGGGAAACCCUUCUCAAAGCGGUGCAGUUUGGCCAGGUGGAUGCUGUCAAGUUACUUCUCAAGGCCAAAGUCUCGACAGAAUUUAGAGAUAGUGAGGAACGCACUCCGCUUUUCUAUGCUGUGGAAUACAACAGAGUCGACAUCGUUGAACUCUUGCUACAAGGUAAGGCGGAUUGGAACGCAAGAGAUAAGACGAAACGAUCAGCAUUGCAUAUCGCCGCAUCGGACAGGCACACUAGAGUAAUUCCUAGGCUGUUGGUUAUCCCGGGCAUCGAGUUAGACGCUCAAGACGAAAAUUGCGAAACCCCUUUGCACCUUGCUGCUAAAAACGGAAGUCCAGGCACGGUUAAGCUUCUGCUUGAGUUUGGAGCAAAUGUUAAUGCAAAGGACAAGAAAGGGCUCACGCCUCUGCACCUGGCGGCAGCGAGACGAGAUUCGUUCGCCCUGGUUGAAAUGAUAUUGACCGCCAAGAAUAUCGACGUCGAUGCAAGAGCAAACAAUGGAAGGACACCAUUGAUGCAGGCAUGCGACCGGGCAACUUCCAAGGAUUGCGAAAAAGUUGUGAGGUUGCUUCUAGCCAAAAAUGCCGACCCUGCGGCUUUUGACCAUAAUGGGGAAACACCUGUCUAUCUAUCGGCUGGGAACGGAAAUAAGGAAAAUCUGAUUGAAUUGAUUUAUGGGCAUAGACCGAUUGAUAUCAAUGCUCUGACUGUAGACAAUCGUUCCGCCCUGUUUGGACCGGCAAGAUUUGGUUUCACCACCGUUGCCAUUCUGCUUUUAGAUGAAGAUAUUAAUAGCACGGUCAAGGACCAUGGUGGGAGGACUGCCUUUUUAGAGGCUGCAAAGUACGAUAAGAUUGAAGUCGCGCGUCUGAUCUAUGCAGACCUGGUGAGAAAACCUGGACAAGAAGAUAAGAAAUUUCUUCAACCAGCACUUUUCGAGGCAGCGGUCCAGGAUAGCUCACAGGUAGCUCGAUUUCUUAUUGAACAAGGGGCAAGCAUGGUUGAGAAAGACCCUACCUCACAGAUGACUGCUAUGGAAAUUGCGAAUGAACACGGAAGCUUCAAGGUCAUCGCUGUGCUUCUCGAAAGGGGUGACCAACUUGUCAGUCAAGGUCCAUCCUCGGGGGAUCCAUUGCAAGAAGUGCCACCCGAAGCUGGGCCCAAGAACUUGGAGAUGGAAGAUAUCGCUGUGGAUCUAACUUUCGGUUUCCAAUCCACGAUCGCGUCGUUUCCAAAAGACACUCAUAAGCAAUACAGAAUCAAGCGGCCUCAGCUACGAAGUGUGCUGUAUGAUCAUAGUCCUGAAACAAUCAAGUAUGGCCUUGAAGACGGACAGUCAACCGGGAAAAAUUUUAGAUGGCUACACGUACCUUCUAAUAAUAUUGUCUGGGUCAACAAAUUGAUAAGCAGAUUAUACAAAGACUGUCACCCCUCAGAUAAGGCAAACUACUUUCAGGAAAAGUGCAAGCACCUCUUUGGAGAAGAGGUUUGGACGAGACAUCAAUAUCAAAUGUCAUCACCGUCCGUUGCACAUAGACGAUUCAUUCGACCAAUCUGCCAACGAAUCAAGCGGAGCGAGACAGAUGAUAACUUGAUGGUAGUUCUUCCCUACAUUCACUGGGAGACCUGCAGCAGCCGGGAAGAGAUGACAGGAGUAAUAGUCGACGCAAUGACGAGACACCUGGGCGAUGUGCAACCUCCAUCCAUUUUGAAAGAAUUGGAAGAAGCAUUGAGAGAGAUUGACCGAAUACGAAACCCCAAAGUUGACGAUGAUCUAGAUGAUGACGAGACAACUGAAUAUGCAAGCUCUUAUUGGUCCAGCUACUAUACUGCUUCAUCAAGUGUAUCAAGUGAUCGAAGGACCCGAAGAACUAGAAGGUCCGGGUCUCCAACACCGGAUAUAGACGUAGAUUGGAUGGCCAGAGUCUCGUCAGAGAUGUUUGAAAAUACGGCUGUUCGAGCAAGACACGCGCCCACUGAAAAGAGAUCAGAAACUUUGGAACGAAGAAAGAAGAGAAUCCAAAGGAUCGCCAAGGUUGCCGAGGAAUCUUGCACAUCGGACGAGAAAUUGAUUUUAGCUUACAUGUUUGAUGAAAUCCCAUUGCACUUUCGCCGAACUCUAGACCAAUAUUAUUACUAUAACCUCCUGACAACUGAAGCUCGCGAUACAGAUCAAGUGGUCUCCCGGUACUUCAAGAAGAUAUGGCCAGAGGAUGAUAACGAGAACCUGCUGCUGAUGGUGGACCAACUGUGGCUGUGGAUUCUGGACGAAGAUACGGUUGUGACAAGCUUCCCACAACGUUGGAACAAGUCAGAGGCCAGGACGGAAUUUGAUCCUGAUCCAAACAAUGAUUCGGAUAUUGUCGAAUGCAUUAUUCGCCAGAUUGGGAAGAACAACAGACGGCCUUUAGAGGAUGUUUUCGAUCUGGCAGAACUUAUUGUCAGCCAGUGUAUCGGAACUAUGUUUGAACACCAUGACAUCGCGAACGAAAAGUUGCGCUUUUCUGAUUUUUUCGAAGCGUCCAUCGGCAACGUGACUUUUGAAGAGUCAAAGAUGUUCAUUGACUUCACCGAACUAUCUUCAAGGCUUGCCAAGGAUGAUCAAAACAUUUCGACUUCCGAUGAACUUAAAGAGGAUCGUAAAAAGCUGUACGAUAUUUCACAGGAAACCAAUCUAGUCAAGGAGAUCAAGGACAUUCGAGAUGAACUACAUAUUCUUUCUACUGUUCUCGAGGACCAGGAAACCGUGCUAGAUGACAUGCACGAAAAUAUUCGAGCUAUGAAGGCUGCCAAGAUUGAAAGAGGAGAGACAAAGAAAUCGGAGACGACCUUAAGUUACCACAGUCUGCCUGAACGUGUGCGUAUGCAUCAAAAGGUUGUUCACGGGCUAGAAAAGCAGGCUGAAAAGACCUAUGUAGCGUUGAAGGACCUUUUGGAUCUGAAGCAGAAACAAGCAAAUGUCUCAGAGGCUCGGACUCAGGGCAAGCAGGCUGCAGAAACUGCUCGACAGGGUCAAACACUUAUGUUAUUCACUAUUAUAACUGUAUUUUUCCUUCCAUUGUCAUUCAUGUCCUCGUUUUUCGCCUUAAAUGUCGACGAAUUUGUCCGAAACAGUGAUGGCACAUUCGGCUUAAGAUACGUUGCUGGAAUAAUGUUCUCUGUUACAGUCAUUGUGGUCGCAAUUUCGCUUUUCUUUGGCUUUUUCUGGGAUCGCUUCCUCAAAUUCAUCACCUAUUGCAAAGAUCUUCUGCGAAGUUUCGGCCGGGGAGUGAAGAGAUACUCCAUGUCAACUUUGAAGAUUCUGUCGCUAAUAAUAGCCAUACCCUUCGUCAUCGUACUGGCAAUGAUAUCUAUUAGUCCAGGACGAAGUAGAAGUUCUACAUGGUUUGAAGAAGAGCGAGCACAACGAUGGAGUGAGUCACUGUCCGAUACCGACGAGGUAAUUGUCAUUGAAGAAUCAUCACCACCUCGGCGUGGACGUCGCGAAUAUCGCCGUGGCAGGCCAUAUCGUUCCUCUAAACCUACGUCAAAUUCGGUGUUUGCAGGGUUAUUUUUGCUAUUGGGACUACACUCAAAACCCUCAACCGUGGUGGUCGAAAGAUACUUAAGACCAACGAGUGAUCCGCCUAGGAGAUAUCAAGGAGGAUGGUUUGGGGGACAGCAGCGACGACGGGCCGAAACAGUAAGCGUCGAAGAACGAUACUCACGAAGAAGAAGAAGCACUUCCUCUAUCCGGAGAUGGUACGGGGAUGAUGAGCGACGCUCUAUCCCCGAAAAACGGAAUUGGCUUCCUUGGAACUGGUUUAAGAAACCCCCGGCGCCAGCCCGACGGAGUCGUGAGAGGCGCGUUGGGAAUGAACUGAGUCCCACGGGUCUGAAGCGUAUCUAUGCCUGGUUCAUUGUUCAUCUCAUCACGCCGCUGCUUAAGUUGUUUGGAGUCUCUAAGCGAACCUCGGAGGAAAGAGCAUCGGGGACCUCAAGCUACUUCUCAUAUGAGUAUGGUAGCGGGACAAACUCGCACGUCAGUAGCAGUGUUAGAGGUAGCGACGCGAGGUCGCGUCGCACUCAUCGAAGUCGCAAAUCUCGUCACUGGAACUGGGCUGACCACCCGGCACAGAGCCAUUCGAAACAGGAUGAUAGUGUUCGCACUGGCAUCGAUAGUAACAGCAAUAUGAACCAGCUUCCGCCACGCGAACAUCAAGUGCCGUUAGUUAAGGUUCAUCCCAGGGUGCCUACGUUGGAAGAAGUCAUACAGGUAUCUGGUAACCACGAGUUUCCCGUGUCCAGGAUCAAGCCGGGGGCUCUAUCUGAUCAACAGUUAUCCUCGCAAGAUCGCCGGCCUGAUAUACUAUCCCCGGACUAUCUGAGUGUACGACGAGGUGGUCGUAUUCGGUAUAUAGGCAAAGCCUUUUGGGGUUUUGUUUCUGGGCAGGAAAGUCUGAGUGAUGAUUUUUUCGACGAAAACCGCAACGCCCAACCUGGUCUACCGCUCCCACAUAUUGGUGCCGUGGGUCUUGCCAAUCUAUUAAAAUCUUUGCCCACUAAACCCGUGUGCGACGUAUUACUUCAAGCCUUCUUCGUCUCGGUAUGGCCUCUUACUCCACUUGUGCAUAUUGCCACACUGCACACAGACUAUAAUGAAUUCUGGGAAUGGUGUCGAAAUAAUGACACUGCAAUGCCUCCGGCUAAGAUUGUAGAUAACCCGACAUUUGUUUGUCUUCUUUUUGCUAUUCUACUCUGUGGUGCUUCUGCCUCCCCUGCCGCUAUGUGGACAUCGGCCAGUCUCCAGAAUCUGCGAAAGAAGAUGACAGUGAAUCACUUGAAGUCAGCUUAUACAGCUAGUCUCUCCAUGUGCCAACAUCUCGAGCAUCCAACAUUCAAUACUCUUGUCUCAACACUUUUAACGGGCCCAUUCAUUGACCUUCCUUCAGGACCGAUGCAGAACGUACUCUCUCUUAGCACAACCGUAAGGAUUGCACAGACAAUGGGGUUGCAUCGUGAAUCGACAUGGUCCGCACUGGACCCAGUAACUCGAGAGAUGCGACGUCGGGUAUGGUGGCAUAUUUUGUGGUUGGAUGUGCAGUCAAGUAUUUCAACUGGUUUGCCUUUGUGCUGUGGUACGGAUUUGCAAAAUGCAGUAAGCAUGAUAGCCUUUACGCGGGAUGAAGAGAUUGGCAAUCCCUCUAGUGCUCUAUCACCCCUUGCUGAAUCCUUGAAAGCGGGAGAAUCUGCUGCCACGAUCUAUGCCAUAGGACGGUACGAGACAGCCUGCCUAGAAGCAAAAACCGUCACGAGCCUGCAAAGCGCACAGGGGUUGACAAAUAAACGAUUGAGAGAACUGGUCACUGCCACAAAGCAACUUCAUAAGAAACUUGACGCUCUCAUUGCAAAUAUCCCGACUCAAGGAAUUCCUGAAAAAGGGUUCAUUCCUUUUCGCCUGGCAAAUGCAUCCCCGCUUACGCACCCGUCCCUUUAUACUGAUGAUAGCAGUCAACCCACUGUCCUUGCAGCCUGGAUACGUGUUAUGCUGACGUUACUCAAGUUUGAAGUGGCGUUCCUAUUGCAAAAGCCAUUUUUGCCACCGCCUGAAUCUGAUAAAUCAUGGGAGAAGCAGUCAUGGACCAGCAUCGCGCAGCUUUGCAUGAGCUACCUACGCAAUUAUCUGAAACUCUAUCAGACUCCUGCAUUUGCUCCUUAUAUGUGGCUUUACCGCAUUUACUUCGGCCCGCUUCAAUGUACAUUCAUCCUCUUAAUAUAUUUGCUUCAUUAUCAGCGAGCUCCGAAUUAUCAAGUGAUCCGAUAUUGCGUUGAGGAGGCAAUUGAUCAUUCCAUGACCCAAUAUCAAUUGGCAGCAGACUUCUCAUUGACAAACGAAAACCCCAGUUCAUCUAAGUCGCAGGUGCCUGUCUUCAUCCAGGUUCUUGUCGAUCUCCAUCAGCGUCUUGACUCGCCUAAAGGAAGUAAUGAACCGCCUACGCCGCCAGUACAUUGGAAGGCGGCAUCAGGAGAAACCGAAUAUGGUACCGUCCCUAGUUCAGGGGUAGGCCAGGACUUUAUCGCCACCUUGUCCGACCUGCAGGCUUGGUCAGCACAGUUGGUAAAGGAGUCAGAGGGCUUUUCGGGGGUGUCGGCCUGA